GGCUGUCCUCACCCCAGCAUUUUGAGUGUCCCUCGUCCCUGUGUCACUGUCACUCCCCUCACCAGGAUGAUUGACUGGGUGUCCUGGCCCCUGGGGAAGAACAUUGACAAGUGGAUCAUUGCACUGCUGAAGGGCCUGGCUGCUGUUAAGAAGUUCAGCAUCUUGAUCGAGGUUUCGCUCACCAAAAUUGAGAAGGUUUUCUCUAAGCUGCUGUACCCCAUUGUCCGGGGAGCUGCCCUGUCUGUGCUCAAGUACAUGCUCCUGACCUUCCAGCACUCCCACGAAGCCUUCCACCUGCUGCUCCCUCACAUCCCCCGCAUGGUGGCCUCUCUGGUCAAGGAGGACUCGAACUCGGGGACCAGCUGCCUGGAGCAGCUGUCAGAGCUGGUCCACUGCAUGGUGUUCCGGUUCCCGGGCUUCCCGGAUCUGUAUGAGCCUGUCAUGGAGGCCAUCAAGGACCUCCACGUUCCCAAUGAGGACCGCAUCAAGCAGCUGCUAGGGCAGGAUGCCUGGACUUCGCAGAAGAGCGAGCUGGCAGGUUUCUAUCCCCGGCUCAUGGCCAAGUCAGACACGGGCAAGAUUGGUCUCAUCAACCUGGGCAACACGUGCUACGUCAACAGCAUCCUUCAGGCCUUGUUCAUGGCAUCUGACUUCAGACACUGUGUGCUUCGCUUGACUGAGAACAACUCACAGCCGCUGAUGACCAAGCUGCAGUGGCUCUUUGGCUUCCUAGAGCACAGCCAGCGGCCUGCCAUUUCCCCAGAGAACUUCCUUUCUGCAUCCUGGACGCCCUGGUUCAGCCCUGGCACCCAGCAGGACUGCUCGGAGUAUCUGAAGUACCUGCUGGAUCGGCUGCACGAAGAGGAGAAAACAGGCACAAGGAUCUGCCAGAAACUCAAGCAGUCCAGCUCGCCCUCCCUGCCCGAGGAGCCGCCGGCCCCAAGUUCAACCUCUGUGGAGAAAAUGUUUGGAGGCAAGAUAGUGACUCGAAUCUGCUGUCUCUGCUGCCUCAACGUCUCCUCCCGGGAGGAGGCCUUCACGGACCUCUCUCUCGCCUUUCCUCCUCCUGAGCGCUGUCGCCGCCGCCGCCUGGGCUCUGUGAUGCGCCCUACAGGAGACAUCACAGCCCAGGAGUUGCUCCCAACAGCCAGUGCACAGGGGCCAGGCAGGGUGGGUCCUCGGAGGCAAAGGAAACACUGCAUCACAGGGGACACCCCUCCCACCAGCCUGGACAUUGAAGGCCUGGACUCCAAGGAAGCUGGUGGGCAGAACAGUCAGGAGGAAAAGGUAGAGAGGGAUGAAGAAGGGAAGGAGGAGGGAACGGAGAAGGAAGAAGCGGGGGAGGAGGAGGAGGAAAGCACCAGAGGGGAGGAAGAGAGGGAGGAAGAGGAGGAGGUGGAAGAGAAGGUGGAGAAGGAGACAGAAAAGGAGGCUGAGCAGGAAAAGGAAGAAGACAGCCUGGGAGCGGGGAGCCACCUGGACGCUGCCAUCCCCUCUGGGGAGCAGAUGUGUGGCUCUGAGGGCUCCCGCUCUGUCCUGGACCUGGUCAACUACUUCCUGUCCCCCGAGAAGCUGACAGCAGAAAACCGCUACUACUGCGAGUCAUGUGCCUCCUUGCAGGAUGCCGAGAAGGUGGUGGAGCUGAGCCAAGGGCCGCGCUACCUCAUCCUCACACUGCUGCGCUUCUCCUUUGACCUGCGCACCAUGCGGCGCCGCAAGAUCCUGGAUGACGUCUCCAUCCCCCUGCUGCUCCGCCUACCACUGGCUGGUGGCCGGGGCCAGGCCUAUGACCUCUGCAGCGUUGUGGUACACUCUGGAGUGUCUUCGGAGAGUGGUCACUACUACUGCUAUGCCCGCGAGGGCGCUGCCCGCCCUGCCCCUUCUCUGGGAACUGCCGAUAGGCCAGAGCCCGAGAACCAGUGGUACCUGUUCAAUGACACUCGGGUGUCCUUCUCUUCCUUCGAAUCUGUCAGCAACGUCACCUCCUUCUUCCCCAAGGACACAGCCUAUGUGCUCUUUUACCGGCAGCGGCCCAGGGAAGGGCCCGAGGCUGAGUCGGGCUCUUCUAGAGUCCGGACCGAGCCCACCCUGCACAAGGACUUGAUGGAAGCCAUUUCCAAAGACAACAUUCUUUACCUACAGGAGCAGGAGAAGGAGGCCCGGAGCAGGGCGGCCUACAUCUCUGCACUCCCCACAUCUCCGCACUGGGGGAGGGGCUUUGAUGAAGACAAGGAUGAGGAUGAAGGCUCUCCAGGGGGCUGCAAUCCUGCAGGUGGUAAUGGUGGUGACUUCCACAGACUGGUCUUCUGAUGUGAACCUGCUGCCAACCCAACCCCUUCCCUCCAGGAGCCAGGUGGGGCCUGAAGGAGGCUGUGGAGGCAGGCUCAGUCCUGUAGUAGGCCUGAUGGUACAGCUCAUGGCACCUUAGUCCUCAGCCUGAUGAAGGAUACACAGAGACUCUCAGAUACGGAAGUGAGACCUAAGUCCCUCUCACAGGGGAUCAGUCCCAUUAAGAUUUUACACCCAAGUGUCCUGGUUAACUUGAAGCAGCAGAGAUGGGCACACGCGGGUCUUUGCCUCCCCCUCCCUCCCCAGCAGGCUCCCCAUGCUGGAAGAGCUGAUGUUCAGGAAACAGGGCUGGACCUCAGCUCUAAUGUUUUGACAUCAAGUACUAUUUUCCUUCUGACUGCUCUACAGUAUAAAGCACAGCAGGAUCCAGGCCUUGCACAAAGAAGGGGGCAGUGGUACCUCUGGCUGUCCUCUUGUUUCUCAUAUGGGGGUACCUGCACUGU